UAUUUUCACUGGCUAAACAAUGUUUUUUUAUUCUCCUUAUUUUUUUGGGAAGAAAAAGAAAAAAAAAAAAAAGAAGAAGAAAAAUUGACAAUGUCAAAAGUCCAUACAGAAAUUCUAUGUGAGGAGGGAGAGGAAGCAAAACAGAUAUUAUGGAAACAUUUUCAUUUGCUUCCAAAUCCUGGAAUACUAGAAAAAACAAAAACUAGAAUGUUUUAGAGGUAUUGAUGUGUCUUGACAGGAAUCCGAGGUUGUAAUGAUGUUCUUAUUGCAUGAGUGGAUUUCCAGAAAUAAGGACAUCUACUGAGCAUUCCCAGGAUUAUAAACACAUGUUUUGGCCAAUGCUGCAUCUGGGAGAGUACUGAAAAUGUUGGAUUGCUUCUCUUGUUGCACGGGAGAGGACACAACCGAUAAAGCGUUGAGAGAGGGCAGCAUUCAUGAUUUCAGAGGCAUGACCCUGACUUCAUUUGCCAAUAUUUCUUUAAAAUCUGAUAGCAACAGGAGAAAGUAUAUAGCUGAAGAAGUAGGAAAAUUUGGAAAAGGGAAUAUUUCAGCCCAGGCUUUUACAUUCCAGGAAUUGAAUGACACAACCCAAAAGUUUAACCCUGAUUUCUUGCUUGGUGAAGGAGGUUUUGGCAAGGUGUACAAAGGCCACCUAGAAACCAAAAAUAUUGAUAUUGCAGUCAAACAGCUUAACAGAAAUGGUUUUCAGGGAAAUAGGGAGUUCCUUGUGGAAGUUCUACUGCUGAGUCUUCUCCACCACCCUAACCUUGUAAACUUGAUUGGAUACUGCUGUGAUGGCGAAGAGCGCAUAUUAGUAUACGAGUUCCUGGAAAAUGGCUGCCUCGAAGAUCAUCUUCUUGACCUGAAACCUGGUAAACCGCAUCUAGAUUGGAAAACGAGGAUGAAAAUAGCCGAGGGAGCAGCAAGAGGGCUCGAAUACCUACACGAAACAGCCAAUCCUCCAGUAAUUUACCGCGACUUCAAAGCAUCCAAUGUACUUCUAGACAAAAACUUCGAUGCUAAGCUUUCUGAUUUUGGGUUAGCCAAGCUAGGUCCAACCGGGGAUCAAACGCACGUCUCUACCAGGGUCAUGGGUACCUAUGGCUAUUGCGCGCCUGAAUAUGCCUCCACUGGUCAACUUUCCACCAAGUCCGACGUUUACAGCUUUGGGGUCGUGUUCCUGGAGAUGAUCACGGGAAGAAGAGUCAUCGAUAACGCUAGACCAAGUGAAGAACAGAACUUGGUUUUGUGGGCUCAACCAUUGUUCAAAGACAAACAGAAAUUUCACUUAAUGGUGGAUCCAUUGCUGCAAGGGAACUACCCAACAAAGGGACUGUAUCAGGCUCUUGCAGUUGCAGCAAUGUGUCUACAAGAGGAAGCAGACACGCGGCCAUUCAUCAGCGACGUAGUCACCGCUCUCGAGUUCCUGUCGGGGAACAGGAAAGCGGAGGGCGAGGGCGGCCAGGAAGAAGAAGGAGCAGCCAAGUCAUUGCCUCCAGGGAGUGAAAGUAAUGUUGAAAAACAUGAAAGCAGUGAGCCUGCUGAAGUUAGAGAAAAAGACUAAAAGCUCUGCAGUGUUUUGGAUAGUAUUUUUAUAAAAGGCCAAAUAACUAACAUUGGUUUUUACCUAACAAGUAAUGCAACUAAUGAUUUCUAUGUUUGGCUUCAAAGUUGA